ACCAGACUGCCCAGCAUUUCUCCCACAACCCAAGAAGUGGAUCUCAACCGCCAACCUCAGAUGUCAUGGCACCCCCAGUACCGGAGCUCCAAGUUCCGCCACGUCUUUGGCAAGGCAGCCAGCAAGGAGAACUGCUUCGACGCUGUGCCCAUCACCCGCAGCGUCCACGACAACCACUUCUGCGCCGUGAACCCCCACUUCAUCGCCGUGGUGACUGAGUGCGCCGGAGGAGGGGCCUUCCUCGUCAUCCCCCUGCACCAGACAGGAAAGUUGGACCCUCACUACCCCAAGGUCUGUGGACACAGAGGAAACGUCUUAGACAUCAAGUGGAACCCUUUUAAUGAUUUCGAGAUUGCCUCCUGUUCUGAAGAUGCGACGAUUAAGAUCUGGAGCAUCCCAAAACAGCUGCUAAGCAGGAACCUCACAGCCUUCAGGAAGGAGCUGGUGGGCCACUCCCGCAGGGUGGGCCUGGUGGAAUGGCACCCCACAGCCGCCAGCAUCCUCUUCAGCUCUGGCUACGACUACAAGGUGAUGGUCUGGAGCCUGGACACUUCGGACUCUGUCAUCAUGGGCCCCGUGAGGACCAUCGAAUGCCACCAGGAUGUCAUCCUCUCAAUGUCCUUCAACACCAACGGCAGCCUGCUGGCCACCACCUGCAAGGACCGCAAGAUUCGCAUCCUCGACCCUCGCAGGGGGGCUGUGGUGCAGGAAGCCAGCUACAAGGGGCACCGGGCCAACAAGGUGCUGUUCCUGGGGAACCUGGGGAAGCUGCUGUCCACCGGCACGUCCCGAUGGAACAACCGGCAGAUGGCCCUAUGGGAUCAGGACGACCUCUCUGUGCCUCUCACGGAGGAAGACUUGGAUGGCUCCUCGGGGGUGCUGUUUCCCUUCUACGAUGCGGACACCAACGUGCUCUACGUGGUGGGGAAGGGGGAUGGGAACAUCCGCUACUACGAGGUGAGCUCAGACAAGCCGCACUUGAACUACCUGACGGAAUACCGCUCCUAUAACCCGCAGAAGGGGAUCGGUGUCAUGCCAAAGAGAGGUCUCGAUGUGUCCUCCUGCGAGAUCUUCCGCUUCUACAAGCUGAUUACGACCAAAAGUCUCAUCGAGCCUGUCUCCAUGAUUGUGCCCCGGCGGUCGGAAUCCUUCCAAGAGGACAUCUACCCGCCGACAGCGGGGACUCAGCCCUCUCUGACCGCUCAGGAGUGGCUCAGCGGGAUAAACAGAGAACCGCUCCUGGUGUCCCUCAGGCCGGGCUCUGAGCUGCUGAGCCCCAAGCCACGGCCUCCAGAGAGUCCCCUCUCCAAUUCCAACACAGCAGCCCCAGCCUCGCCUCCAUCUCCAGAGGCUGCCCGGAGGCCUUCCUUUCUGCUCGGGGAGAGGGCCCCACGCUGGGCAGCAGAGCACAGGCUGCCCGAGGAGAAGAAACGCUGGUUCACAAACGGCUUCGACGUUUUCGAAUGCCCCCCACCAAAGACGGAGAACGAGCUGCUACAGAUGUUCUACCGGCAACAGGAAGAGAUCCGGCGGCUGCGGGAGCUGCUGACCCAGCGCGAGGUGCAGGCCAAGCAGUUGGAGCUGGAGAUGAAAAACUUGCAGAGGGACUCAGGGAGGUUCUGAGCAGGGGCCUCUGCCCUCCUCGCCCUCAGGGACACCGUGCCACCCCACGGGGUGGUGCAGCACCAAGCCGCAAGGCCCCCCCACCCCCCGAGAACAACCACUAUUCUAUAUUUGAUACCAGAAAAGGACUCUCAGUCAUGAGACUCCAGUGGGACCUGGUGCCGCUUUUCUAUCUGCCGUCUCCUGCAAGAAGUUUCCAAAUCGACUGGUUUUAGAUGACACCUCACUUUCUGUUUAAGUCUGUUUUUAAGAGCCGAAGACGAGCUGCCCCUUCUGAAGGGGAAAGAACCUGGUAGAACGUAUGGGCCGAGCUCCUUUUCUUCUAGGGAAAACGCGAUACGGCUAGUAAGAGAAAGGAAUGGAAGUUUGGAAAUCAGUCAUCGGGUUCAACUCCCCAUUUUACAGGUGGGGAAACUGAGCCCCAGAAAAGGAAGGGCAAGUGACUCCAUCGCCAGAAUAUUUGAGGUUCUCGUCUCCUAGUCUGUCUGUGUGUCUGUCUGCAGCUUCGGGGCUGGUGCAAUUCUCAGCCUACUUACUGGGCAGGCAGGCUCUGGUUCAGGCUUAGCUCAGUGACCGUCGGAAAGCCCCGUCCCCCUCUCGUCUCAAUUUCCCCACCCGAUCAAGGCCUGGGGGGUGGGGGUGGGGGGACUUUGAGCCCGCUGUCUUCAACAGAAUCUACUGAAACCUUGGCUUUGGCCCCCCAUGGGGUGAUGGUGUGGGUUUGCCGCUGAGACAAGACAGAGGGGCUGAGAGAGUUGCGCCUUAGGGGAACGAAUCAAGAGUUAGCCCAGUGUAGACCACAGACCUGAGCGUCAAACCAAUCCUCUCUUCAACCAGAAUCAGCCAGAGGUGGGUAAAUCAUCUCCCUUAUGUGCGUGGGGACACCACACCAGAGAGGUGUCCGACAAAUGGGUUCCACCCAAGUUAACAGAAGAGCGUUCCCCUCCCACCCCACCCAAUACUAGAAGCAAGGGAAGCUCUCGCCACACCCAGGAAAGCUUCUGCAGAGGGGUAGCUGCCUUGGGCCAGGAGGCAGGACUAGAUAGCUGAGACGCUCCCUUCCUGGCCUUGCGACUUCAGGAGUUCAGGUCCUCCCUUGUGAAUCUGCUCGGAGCCCAGUUCUAAGGUUCUCUCUGAACCCAAGAGCCCAGAAAAAGACUGCGGGUGUCUGGGAGUCCACCUCGUCCCUCCUUCCCCAAGAAAGGCAGACCAUGAGUGCCCCCCAUUGUGCGGGGGGGCAGUAUGUUAGAGCAGGCCCUGUGGUCACGCAAAGGUGAAGCACUCCACUGCUUAACCAACAGGUCUGCACUGCAAACCCACCAUCAGCUCCUCUGGGGGAAGAUGUGGCCAGAAAGAUCCACAGCCUCGGAAACUCUGUGGGGCCGCUCGACUGUCCUGGAGGGUCUCUGUGUGUUGGAAUAAAUUCCACAGCAGCAGGUUUGGUUUGGGGUUUGCUUUGUCCAUUUCUGUCACCUUGGGGGUGUUGAGAAAGUUCACGUGCUCAGGCCUUGCCCCAGAACAACGAAAUCUGAUUCUUGGAUCAAACCUGGGCAUGCAUCUGUCUAUUUAUAACGCUUCCCAGGUGACUCUUCGAUGCAGUGAGGACCCGGGACCAGUCCUCUGUAGUAAAACAAGGACAAUAGGCCCCAAACAGGGGCUGAGGGAUGCCAAAGUCUCCAGAGAGCCAGGACUCAACCCACAUCCUUUAAGUCCUGGUAUGAGGUCCCUAAAAAGUCAAGAAGUGUUGUCCCCAACCCUCAUCAUUCUCAAAACAUUUGCUCUCCUGUGUGUCCGCUUCCUCACCAUGGCUGGUUCCCCUGUCUGUCUGCAUCCAUCAGGCGCCCACAUUCUGGCUCCUUUUCUUGUCUUCCGUUCACUCAGGCACUGGGGCUUGCUCUGGCCUGAGGCCCCAGCCAAGCUUGCCUUAUUAUGCUCUGGAGGAAAAGGCCAGAUUCCAGGCCUAUCAGGGAAGCCGAGCUCCACUGGAUGGAGCUACUCCUCCACGUUUGUGGCCAGCACUUCAUGGUUUACAAAGUUGCCCCACCUCUGCUCUGCUGCAGGGGCUCAUUAUCCAGGCCCAGAGCCAAGACCUAGCCAUGGAGCCGUGAAGAAACACCCGGGCUGGGGAUUCCUGGCUGCAGGGGAGCAGAGUUGGAGAGCUUUGAAUUCAGCACCCCUCCUCUGUGCCACCCCUUCUCUAGCCCCCUGCCUCUGAGGGACCCAGACCUCAUGCUUAAAGAGGUGUCUUUGAACAAACAUUUCUUUCUUUCUUUCUUUUUGUAUCUAGAAUAAAUUAUUUAAAUUAUUUCUCAGCCAGGGAGAGGGAUAGGUAAUUUUUACCAGAUAUUUUUUUAAGCGCUUUUUUCCCUUUUUUAAUUAAAUUUUUGUUUCUGUUCUUGCUGCUGGACUGGGACUUGCCGAGAGCCAGCAGGGCCCAGCCAAUGGCAGAGGGGCACUCGCCCCUUUGGAAAGCACUGGGCUGUUGCCCCAGGACCUUUCCGAGAAGGAGGGCCCAUUUGGAGAUGAGCUUUGUGGUGGUGAUGGAGGUGGCCCAGUCUCUACGUUGGCUCAAAAGUCAUUGUUCUUCCUGGGACAAAGGUUGAGAUUCUGUCAUGAGAGAAACAGCCCAAGAUUGAUUUUUGCUUCUAAUAUGAAACUGUGCCUGAAUUGUUUAAAUGAUUGCUCUGCCAUUGUUUCUGACAAUUUACCUUUGUAAACACAAAAUGAGAAUAAUGAAAGUGAAAAUAAAUGUUGUGGAAUAGUGCAAUGGAAAGAAUGGAACAAAUAAUAAAAGCUGGAUAGAAGUUUUAUUCUA